UAGGUAAAUUUGAAACGAUUGAGCCAAGAUAAUAGGUAUCUAAUUUGAUUUGCGAGGUGUCUUUCACAUUAACUCUUUAAAAUAGUAUUUUUAAAAUAUGUCUACCUCCACCGUUUUGCGGGUAAAACGUCGACUCGAAGAUAAUCCGCAAGAUGCCUUAGUGCUUUUGUGUAAAAGAAAGAAAAUAAAUACCGAGGAGAUUGCUCCUUCUUUAUUCGUAUUCAGAGGUAGUGUGGAAAAUCAGGAACCUACACACGUAAAGAAUAUUGUCCCAAAUAAUAUAACAUUCAAAACAUCCAGUAAUGUUAGUGAUAUAAUUAAGAAAAUACGUAAAGAGAGAAAAGAUGUAGCUGCAGAGAAUCGGUAUGAAGUUGUCAAUUGCAGCAGAGGAUUAAAAGACGAGACUGACGACGAUAAUUACGAUUUAGUUGAUUUACAAAAAAAGAAUGUACAAGAGAAUGAGAAAUACAUGUAUGAUCUUUACACGCCGGCUAAAGAAGAUUUUGAUAUUUCGAUGUUGGAUAAUCUAGUCAGUAUUGAAGAUUAUGAGACCAAUUUGAUAUUUGGGUCAUAUAGAGAUAAUGGCUUAGCAGAAUCAGAUGAGGAUGACAGUGAGGAUUCGAAUGCGGAAAAUGACUGGCGAAAUGAUUAUCCGGAUUCCGAACCCAGCAGUCUUGACGAGGAGGAUAUGAUUAAAGCUGUACAAAAUUGUAACAUAGAGGAUGAACUGUCAAGCGACACAGGUGAGGACAAGAUAUAUGAAGAACCACCGGAUUUAUUUAAUGAAGAUGUUAAACGUUAUGGUGCUGCCUAUGCCAAAUAUAAGGCAAAAGUUCUAGCAGAACAGUCAGGUCUGUCUGAUAGUAAGAAUUUUGUACACAGUACUCUCAUGGAGGAGACACCAGGAUAUAAAGAUGACAGCGAUGAAGGAUUCUAUUACGGUCAAGAAGAAGACUCUGAACAGUUCAGGGAACAAUAUGCAGAUGAUUCAUCAGACCCAGACUAAGAUUGAAAUUAAACUUAUUACUGAUUUAUAAGAUUAAAUUUUUUAUAUAU